AUGGAAAUGUUGAAGAGCAUGCAAGCGGAGAUGCAAAAGAGGAACCAAAUGGAUGAUGCUCGCAUUCAAAAAGACGAGGCCCGAGACAAAGCGAUUCAAACUUUGACCACCCAAAUGGGUCAACUUGCAACCGAGGUGUCCGAAUUGAAGAAAGGCAAAGGUCAAUUACCAAGUGACACUAAGGUAAAUCCGUCUCAUGGUACUUCAAGAGGUAAUAAUGUCAACAUUCAUCAUGAUAUAACGGGUCAAGAGAGUGAGGAAGAAAAUGAGCCACCUACUAUUUCUUCUAAAAAACCCAAUUUUGAAAAACCUGAAGUUAAUAAAGAUAAAGAAAAAGUAAAUGAGAGUGAGGGGUCGAGUGAAGUACCAUUCCCUUCGGCUUUAUUAGAUCCGGGUAGAAAGAAUUUUAUUUUAAAACGGGGUCCUCAAAAAGAGGAAAUGUGGGAGGUUUUUAAACAGGUUAAAAUCAAUCUUCCUUUGCUUGAAGCUAUUAAACAGGUUCCCGCUUACGCAAAGUUUUUAAAAGAAUUGUGUACCCAAAAGAGGCAACAAAAAGUGCCUAAAUUGGUUGAUUUGAAGGAGCGGGUAAGUGCGGUUUUAAAAGGAGAUCUUCCUCCUAAGUUACAAGAUCCGGGAACGCCUUUUAUAAAUAUUCAAGUAGGAAAUUUUCAAACUGCGAGGGCGUUACUGGAUCUUGGAGCCGGAACAACGGUGGUAUUAGCCGAUUUGUCUCAUAAACUUCCUCGGGGGAUUGUACGGGAUGUGAUAGUUAAGGUUGAUGAGUUCUAUUAUCCCGUGGACUUUCUUGUGCUAGACUACUCAUCCGCGGACCCAAUUCAACAACAAAAUAUUAUUUUGGGUCGGCCGUUUUUAAACACUGCACAUGCCGUUAUUGAUUGUCGAUAUGGUACGGUCGUCAUGACAUUCGGUAAUAGAAAGAUGAGAUUAAACGUUUUUACUAAUGGUACUAAUGUUUAUGAUGAGUGUUUUGUAGCAAACUUCAUAGAUGAAUAUGACCCAAAGGAGUUCGAGGAAGAGAUUUUGGGUUCUUGUGUUCGUGGUGUGUCUUUGCAGGUGCACGCAUGUGAUUUGGAAAAAGAAGAGAAAGAGCAAGAGGCUCUUGCGGUGAAGGAAGGAAAUCCACCAUGGACCUACCAAAUGGAUACAUUACCGGUAGAAAUUGAUCCGGGCACAAAACCUUCUUUGGAAAGUCCACCAAGUGUGGAGUUAAAGGAGUUACCAAAGCACUUAAAGUAUGCAUUCUUGGGGGAGAAUGACACUUUACCGAAAAAGUUUUGA